AUGACGGAUCAUCAUCCGCCGAGACUGGAGCUGAUGGCCCCUUUUUGUCGAGAAGUUCACGAAUGGCUGGCCGAAGAUCCGCGGAACGUCGUCGCUGUCCAUUGCAAAGCUGGCAAGGUGAUUUUGGGGCGAAAUUGUAGCGAAUUCACGGCUAGCUUGAGACGCGAGAGGCGUGGCGUGUCUGCGCUCUCCACUAGCCACACUGUCUCUCUUCUUAUCGUGUCAGGACCAUUUUUUGAUGGCUCAAGAUCAGCUGUAUUGUCUUUUAGAUUUUUAAAAUCAAGUAGAAUGACGUCAUUUGGAAACGCUAUGUAGAUGGCUUGCUCUCUAAUUGGUAUAUUGCGUAAUUAGGGGCGGAGCUUGAGCGAAGACUUGAAUUUCAAAAUCUGGAUAUUUGAAGAAAGUGAUGUGAAUUUCUGGAUGAGGAAAAGUUGACGGGGAAUUUCCAGCAAAUACAGUAUCCUUUUCGUUUCGAAAUGCAAUAUGAUGAUCCUUCAAUAGCAAUAUUUUUGAUCUUGUUUUGGCUCAGCAGUUUGGAAUAAUGGUCGCGCUAUUAAAGGAUCAUCAUCAAUGCGAGGGAUACUGUAACUAAGGGGGCGGAGUUAGAUGCUUGAAGUUAAAAACCCAUCACUUUCCCGUACAUAGCUGAUUCACGGCUGGCUUGAUCGAAAAAAAGGGUCCUGACACGAAAAUGCACGAGAUAGCGCCUGGCUCGUGUAGAGUGCAGACAGGACACGCCCCCUUAGCGUCCCAUACUGUCCUUUGUGAGAAUGUGACUUUGAAGAGCCAAAAUCUCGAUUUUCAGGGUCGAACAGGCGUGAUGAUCUGCGCCUACCUGAUGUACUGCAACUUCUACCCGUCGCCUCGGCAGAACAUGGACUAUUACUCGAUCGUCCGGACCCGGAACAACAAAGGCGUCACGAUCCCCUCCCAACGGCGCUACGUCUACUACUAUUCGCACCUUCGACAACACCAACUGAACUAUGUUCCCUUGAGGGUACAGCUCGUCGGCGUCUACAUCGAGUGUCCGCCCAAGUCCCGGAGUCCGUCUUCUUUUUUUAGCUUCCAAAAUUCCCAUCUGAUUGCAUUUUACCUAAAUUUUCUAUGAGACCUUUCCGAGCAUUCUCAAAAAUUUUCUUUGAGGGAUACAUUUUCGAUGUUUUCUUUUUAUUCUCAUGCCUUUCUUAGACAUCUCAAAUACAACAUCAAGUCUUGGAAAAUAUGAUUUUUCGUUCGAAAACUCAGAAAUAUUCAAGGACCUGACCCCUUGGAGGCUGAAUUUGUAACGAAAUUUUUUUUGACAUGUUUUCUUUAAGUAAUUAGGAACUCCAGAGUGUUCCCUAUAGCGGUUAGGAAAAAAAACCCCCCUCUAGGGGUAAAAAUUUAGGUGCUCCCUAUAGGGAUUUCGUGUCUCACAUAAGCCCCUACAGCUCAAGUGGUCCCUAUAGAGUCUUUCAAUUUUUUUUGUUGAGAUUUGAACUGAAUGGACACACUUGGUUAUUUCAUCCCUUGUUGAUAUUUUUUCUUUUAUUUAAAGUAAAAUCGCAAAAAUAUGAAAAUACUUCUUCUUUUAGGAACUUCAGAGUAGUCCCUCUAGGGGCAAACUUAGGGACGCUUGGAGGUUACUCUAUAGGGACCGCUUUGCCAAAUCCUAUAGGGUCCACUAAAGCUAGCAAAAGUGGUCCGUGUAGACGUUUUAGCUAGUGGCCCCUAUAGAGGGCGUGCUAGUCGAUAAUUGUUAUGAAUUCUAAGUGAAGAAGCAUUUCCAUGAGAAAAACUGAAUAAAUAAGCGUUUUUCGAAUGAAAGUGAAAGACCCAUAUAGGGUCCACUUGAGGUUUAGGGCUAAGGGGUCAAAUCCUGAACCUCUUUAGGGACCACUUCAAUUUUACCCCUUUAGGGACCACUCUGAAAUUCAUAAGUUCGUAGAGUUCAUUAAAAUGAUCGCCUAGCAUGUCACCUAUAGGGCCGCUUUUUCCAAGUCUUAUUGGUCACUAUAGGGGGAGGUGAAGAGCUCCAUAGAGAUGAGCCUUAAAGAGACCAAAAACUUGCCCCAGAAGGGACCACUCUGGCGUUCCUAAGUAAUAGAUCAAGAUACUGGACCACAUGAAGAUGAUCAUUGAAAUAUAGAUCGAAAUUGUGCAGAUUCGAUCUUCCGCGACCAGCUGAGCUUGCGUGUGGCCAACGGCGACGUCGACGUUUUCUACGGUCCUCCGAUGGGAAUCAACGACGACAUUUGGACGCAAGAGGAGGCCGCUUGGGCCAGAAACGCCUCUCCGAUCGGCCUCGACUCCUACGAUCCCAACAAUCCGAUCCCCGGCCAUGAUUGCAUUUCUAGGUAGGCCUCGUAACUUUCUGAUUUCUCUGCGCACUCCUUUUUUUUAGUGUCUCUCUCGUUUUGACAAUGUUUUUUUUUUUGAAAAGUUUUGACCUUGUCGCUGAAAGAAAAAGACGCAGAGAAGUCUGACUUUUUGAAUUCUCGGAGUAUAGUUUUAUUUAAUUUUUUCAGAAGAGCUUUCGGCUGGACCAUCCCCGAAUCAAAGCCGGUUUUCCUCGAAGGCGACGUCCGUGUCGACCUUUUCGUCCAGCGUUGGUUCAUCUCCAUGUUCUCGUCGACGGCUAGGGCCAAGGUGGAUUUUGGAUUCGUCCUAUGAACAAGUUCAAGAAAGACAAAAAAUAUUUGGGAAUAAAAAAUAAAGUUAUGAGCGCCUUUUUCAGGGAUUUUUUGAUGAGACUCGCUCAAAAUUUAGCGCUCUCGAAGUUUAAAACCGAUGAAUAUUUGGUCACAGGAACGUUAAAAGAACUUUGGAAAUGAAAAAAACCGUAACUUGGCCCAAAAUUUGAGAAAUAAUGGUUAGACGUGACCCCGGCUAUAUAACCGAAACUGAGCUUGAUUAUUGAUUUUUUUUUUUCCUGCCACAACUUUUUUCAUAGAUUGUCGUGGCCAUUUUUUCGCACAGAUUCAGAUUCGGCUUGAAAAACGCCAUCUGAUAAUAUAUUUUUUCAAAAAUUUCUUCCUUUGAAGUACCUUUCAAAAAAAUAUUUCAAUAGCAACGAAUAAAAAAAAAUUUUUAUUUUUUUGAUUUGUAUGAAACUUUAGCCAGUGUGAUAACCCAUCAUUAGAAUUGCGGAUACAAUUUUUUGAGCCAUUUCCUCUUACUAUAGCCGGGUUACGAUAGGUGCUUUAGUGUCGUCAAAAACGUCUCCGUGUAAAUUUAGACUACCCCCUGAUUCUUGAACUUAUUAUCUAUUUCAAGGUCGGCCACAUCUGGUUCAACACGAUGUUCUGCUGCCCCAACGCCUGCGGCGGUACUCCUUACGUCCAUGGCGACGAGGCUUUCCCCUAUCCGGACGGCGAAACGACCAUCGCCGAAAAGAAGGGAAAAGACAAGUCGGAGUUCUGGCCUGGAGGCGAACAAAGACGGCUUAUUACGACUCAGCCACCGUGAGUUUGAGUGGAACAAAUGCGUCAAAAUUAAUGAAACAAGGAAGUUUUGGAGUAGUAGUGAACAGAACAAGAAAAUGUGGACUUUGAGCCGCCGUCAUUUUCUGUUGGGCAAGGCAGAAGAAUAAGAAGAAAGAGCGAAAAUUUACUUUCUCUGGAGCCUCUCCAAUUUCCAUGCUAUCUCUUGAAAAGACUCUGGAAUCUGAAAACCUUGUAUCAAAGAGGGCUCAAUCGAAAAUUCAUCAUAAUUCUUAUCAUUUCAGGCCUGACUUCCUGCCGGACCCGCCAAGCGUCAUCCAGGACUGCUACUUCACCCCGAAAAAGGAGCAAAGUUCAAGCUCUCUGUCAGGAUCAACGAAGAAGAGAGACCCCCGACAACCUCAGAAAGUGCUUUAUGAGCCGGAUUCGCCGGAAGGACGCCUCGAAGCCUUGCCGGACCCGUGUAUCUACGAGAGCAGUGGCAGCAAAUGCAGUUCCGACAUGUUCGACGUGGACAGCGGCGAGAAGAAACCGCCUCCGAACCUCGACAAGGAGGCCUACGUCGACGAGGAAACCGUCCAGAAGGUCAAGUCGAAAUCGGCCAGAAGGGAGCUCUACGUCCAUCCCAAGGCCGUCGGCUCGAGAAUGUCGGAGAGAAAGAGCGCUCCGCUGCUCUCCCCGGACAACAGCAUCGACAUCGAAUCGUCGCAACCCCGACGCACGUCUUCCGCCUCGCCGAUUCCUGGCUCGAAGCCAAAGUCGGCGUCGAUGCCCGACACGUGUCUCGAGACGCCUUCUGAUGAACAGGCCAAGGAGUCCCGCUUCUCCAAGGCCAAGAGUGUCGCCAAGAGAUGUUUGUUUUUGGAAUGAAGUGGACACUAUAGGGACUUGAGAGAUACAAGCUGCAGAACUGAAUAUCUGGGAAGAAUUUGGCCACGUCAGUGAUCACUUAGGCGUCAAUCAGAUGAGAAAAUUUGAUCUCAUCUUUGCUAGCUUUGCUUAAUGAGUGAUUUCUAUUAAGUUUUCGGUAAAAACCCCCUGAAGGGAUUAGCAAGCACUUAAGUGAUUACUAAAGGGUCCAGUCAAGCUCUAUUAAAAUGAACGAGAUCAUCUCAAAAAGCCCCCUAAGAGAUUACUUAUAAGUCGAACUUACUCUGUCAAAGCUUUUCAGAUGUUAUUAGGUGGCCAUUCCAAAUAUUGUCGAAACUCUUUAAGUGAUCCCUCCAGAGAUUUUCCUAAAGAAAUCCUCUCUGAAACUGACUUCUUUCAGUCUUCCCAUCAUCGUCACAAAAGAAGUCGAAAGAGGAACGUGAGGAGAUCAAAGAGACCCAGAAGAGGGAGAAGAAGCUGUCGAAGAAGGAGAAGAAGGCCAAAAAACGCGCUUCUGAUGCGACGUCGGUCAUCAGCCCCGUCUUGCCCUUUGAGGACCUUGAGGUCGAGAUUGGGGAAACUAUCAGCAAAGCGUUGCGGUUGCACCGCGUUUGAAAUGAACUUCUUCUCUCCAAUACUGCAGGGUGCAGUCGUGCGCAAGUAGUUUUUAGUCGGACGCGCGUUUCGAGUUGUUGAAAACAAAGAUUACUUCAUUUGCGGCGGUUAUGGUCGCAUUUCGAAUGGCCCAGCGCGUCGCGGUCACUUAAGGAUAUUUACUUAUCUUGUAGCUGCACUAGACCACAUGGUUCUUCUUUUACUCCCAUCUUACCGCUUACAAGAUGCCUCCAUGCGAAAUUAGUUUGUAUUCGGAGGCGCUUUGAGACAUUCCCAAUGCGACCAGAGCAGUUUUAGUUUUUUUGACAAAGGCCGCCUCAUUUUCAAUGACUUUACCGUUUUUGCUCACGUUUAUAAUGACUCAGCGCGUUGCGGUCGCGCUGCGGUUUUGGUUAAGAUGAGCCAUUCUCAAUAUCUUUAAGAAUAAAUUGAAGCAUAUUUUAUUUGUAUUUUCUUCUAAUUUUGAAGAUCUUCGAGGCGCCUGGAAUCGAUGCCCACUGCCCGGAGGAGAGCGUCCAGCGGAUCUACAAGGACCAGAAUCGAUACCCGUACGUUAUUGGGUUCAAGAAAUGUUGAUUGAUAGCCUUUUAUAGACCCCGAUUCGCGAUCAAUCGAAUGUUGUCGGAGGCUCAUGAGUACGGCAUCGUCGAGGACACCUACAACGAUCGGCUGAGAAGCGCUUCCAUUGGUGAAUUUCAGAGGAAUUCCUAGAAGAAGGAUGUAUAACGGAGCCUAUCUUGAUUCCUUCUCAAUUUGAAAUUUUUUGACAAGAAAAAAUUCCGAUAAGACUGAAAAUUUGACAACCCCGGUUUACUCAAAAAAAUUUUAAAAAUGGCGAAAUUUGUUCAAAAUUCAUGUCUUAUAGUCUGCUCAGAUUUUGAAUUUCAAGUCGUCGCCCAAGCUCCGCCCCUAAUUACGUGAUAAACCAGUCAGAGAGUAAACCAUCCAAGGAACGUUUUCGAAUGACGUCAUCGCACAAGCUCCGCCCUAAUGGCGCGUUGAACCAAUCAGAGAUUGUCAUCCAAAGAGAUUUUUUCAAUGACGGCAUUGUACUUGAAAUUAAAAACCUGGACAGACUAUACUGACUGUAUUAAUUUAAGGCCAAGAAAUCAGUUUCAUAGGUCGAUUUUCAGGUGAUGAACCUGUUCAAUGUGCCCCAGUCGGACGUCCGACCGCCAGUGGACCCAACAGGAUCGAACGUCAACCCAACGAGCACGUCUGCGUCUUCCCGCUGGUCGAGGUCGACCGGGCCUGCAAGAACUCGGAAAUGCCCAAGGGCUUCAAGGUGCUGCAGCUCCCAAAAGUCCCGAAAACUUAUCGUUUCCUUCAGUUGAUCGUCGUCACUCGCUGCGUCGAGCCGAAGAUGGCCCGCCAUGCCGAGGCCUUCACCAACAUCACCUACGAAAAGCAGCAGAAGGUCAACGAGGAGAGCUUUGCCAAGGUGAGAAAUAGGAAAGAAAAUGAUUAUAAGUAUAGAAAAUAAGUAAAAUUGAUACUUUCACGGCUUAAAAAAAUGGAUGUUUUAAGGUCAAACUGAGAAUUGAAGAACUUAGGAAUGAUUUUUAAAGCAGAUUCUUGAAUUUUAUUCGUUACCUUUAUUUAGUACAGGAUGAUAUAGGAAAAGACAUGAAGAACACAAAAAAUAUUCAAUCAAUCACGGAAUAUGCGCCAACACGCACCACCCUGGCGCAAACUUUUGCGAAAACAUUUUUGGACCACCCUGUAAAUUCAGCUUGCCGAGCCUUGACUUUUUUUUGAGUAAUCUUUCUUUCUGGCCUCUUAAGAUUGCUAGCAUAAAAAAGCGUGGACAGCCACUCAGAGAUAUAGUUCAAUAGAGCGAACUUUCACGGCUUGAAAAAAUUUCAUCCUAAUGCAUUUUCUUCAGUUUGAAAAAGGCCGCUUGCAUGAAAAAUUUUUAUUUGAUGAGAAGUCAGGAUCAACUGAAUAGUGGGCAAAAAGAGAGGUUUAGACGUCUCAGAAAAAUUUUCUACAGAAUGAACUUUGAAUAGAGUAUGAUCACAGCUUACCUAACUUCUCAGCUCCACCCGAUAAAAUGAAGCUAAUUUUGUCGCGCGCUGCAAGUUCCAUUCAAGGCCAGGGCUGUUAUAGCUAAUUGAGCCAUCAAAAAUGGGUCCUGACACGAUAAGAAAAAAAAAAACAGUGCCUGGUUGGGGUAGAGCGCGGACAGGCUAGCCUUUUUACAUCCCAAGCUAACCGUGGAUCGACUAUAAGUCUUCUUAAGUGACUACUUCAACUUAGUUCGUAAUUUCUCAACAUAGUUUUGAACGCACCGUUCUUUCAGACCCAGCGAGGUAAGCCGCAUCUGGAAGUCCUGACGGACAAGUCGCGCGACGAGUACGGUGCCGGAAAAUCGUGGCCGCCGGUGAUUCAGUACGGAUGCGGCGAGUCGCCGACCCUCAGCGACCACGCCUUCUUCGACGACGCUCGCGCCCGCGACAACCGCUACUGUCGCUUCUUCCACAAGCAGCGACGCGACUCGCUCAGCAAGUAUCCCUCGACGAGCCAUGAGUGGGUCUUGACACGAUUGUAACAAGAGCAACAUACAGAAAAAGUUCUUAUUAAGGUUUUGUAGUCUUGGUAGAAAGGUUAAAGGAGCAUGAGACAUGGCGAAUAGUUUUUUGGACUGUAUGCGCCUUUAAACAGACAUUCAAAGACGCAUAAGGUUCCAAAAAACGAUCUUAGUAACUGACAGGAUAAUAAACGUUUUGAAGUGGAGACAAGAAAAUUACAUACGAAAAUGUGUUGAUUUUUCAAGCUUGCCAGAAAGUUUGAAGGAGCAUAGGCUAAGAUUUUUUGGACCUUAUGCGCCUUUAAACACUCCAGAACACUUUUUUGAACUAAUUGGUAUUUAAAAACCCGUUUUAAAGUAGCGAGAGAAAAUUACAGACAAAAGUUUGUUUGAUUUUAAGCUUACCAAAAAGUUUAAAGAGCAUGGGCUGAGAGUUUUUUAAACCUUAUGCGCCUUUAAACACAUUUUUGAGAAGGAUACGGGAAUGGCAAGAAAAAAAAUACAGACAAAAGUUAAAGUAAAAAGUUCCAUGUUCAAUUUGAAACUUUAAACUUUUGAGAAGGAGCAAAAUAAUUUCAAAACUUUUUUCAGUCACAGCUAAAAUCGACUAGGCGGUGAGGCGUUUUUCAAAGCUUUUUCAUCGGCUUUUACUAAAAAACCGCUACUAAAAAUAACUGAGCUUUUGCGCAUUUUCUUAUUUCUCACUCGAUUUCUCACGACUUGAAAUUGUCGGAGAAAGUUCCAGUUUUUGGCUAUUCGAGUAUAUAAAAUGAAAAUUUACGAAAAAAAAAGGGAAAUUUUCAGCUGCACUCUUUCUGGUAAGCCCUCACAAGGGGAGGCUGUUUCGAAGGCUGAGGAGGAGAAAAAAGAGGAGCAGCGGGCCUGUGUCGCCUCUCCAUUGGUGGGUUUCGUUGGAUUUUUUGGAAAAUUCAUGUUUUCCCUCGAGUGGUUUAGAGGGCCCUCUAAUGAACACUCAGACUGUGAUAAUCUGAGUAUAUUCAAAGUAAUUUAGGAGAAAGGAUAUCUUAUUUUGAUUUGGGAAUUUUUGAAGUUUGACUAUAUUACUAUUUGAGGGACCAGAGGAAGAUCCUGAAAGUCCCAACCUUUAGAAGUCCCAAGCUUUCAUGAAAAACUAUUAAAACCGUCAGCAAAGGCCAUUUUCCGGCUUUGAGCCCUUUUUUCUAGAGGUUUAGGAAUGUUUUCAGGUUAAGACUUUUUUCUGAUAAUUCAAGGCCAUUUCUGGCCAAUUUUCCCCCAAAUUAAAAUGACACAUCUUUUUAAAAGAAGAUUUACGGCUGGCUUGGGACUUUAACAAACGUGUCUGCGCUCUCCACCGACCGGACACUAUCUCUUUUCAUAUCGUGUCGAGACCCUUUUUUGACCUCAAGCCAGCCGUGAAUCAGCCACAGUACCGUAAAAAUGAAAAAUUGUCACAUUUUUCAGAACCUCGGACAGAUGCUUGAAGAUUCGCAGCUUCUGGAGGACCGUAUCGAUAGAUUUGACGACGCUGUCGAUAUGGAAGUCCGAAGUUAUCAUCCGGACGCCGUCAAUUGGGAGAACAGCAACAGCAGUCGAUCCUCGAGCAGUGUACGCCCUUUGGAUUUAUCCUGACGAUUUUUUUUCCUUUUCCGGGAAAGUCGAAACUGCACUAGGAUAUAUAAACCCCGCCCAAGCCUUUUGCGCGCGAAAGAAAAAAAUGUUUGAAAAUUACUGAAAGUGGUCGCAUUUUUUGAAUUUAUUGGUCCACCCCAAGUAUGCUUUAGAAUGACAACUUGGGACUUGUUCUAGUAGUCACUCUAGGGACUAGAUCCUAAAAUAUGUUUUCUAUUGACUAGAUAAUUAAUUAGCUAUGUUUGAACCUUGCGGCUACAGUAACCUAUUCGCUUCGAAAUUUUCUCGAAAAACAUUUUUUCAGAACUUUUAAAUGUCGUCUGGUUUCAAUUUUCGAUUUUUUGCGAGAAAAAGACAUAACUGUAGCUUUAGAGUUCUGAAGCGAAAGGGAUACUGUAGCACUUUUUGUUCUUUUUCGAAUUUUUAAUGCCUCUUAAGACUCGAGGAACUAACUGUUGAGUUUGAGAAGAAAAUCCGACUUUUAGCGAUUCUAAGAACUACUGUUCAUUUUUUAACCUUUAAUCAGAACUUUUUUUAAUUGUUAGAACCUCCAAACUAAUUUAAUUAAAUGAAGAAACGUUAUUUUCAAGAAGUUCGGUAGGAAUUUGCGAUUAUGAAAUGAUUUUUUUUGGCGAUUUGAGGGACUUUUUCUGAUUAUGCAGCUUAGUUAGGUUAUUAUUAAGCUCAGUGGCCAAAUUUUAAGACUUUAGGAACAAAUUGACGAAUUUUAAUAUCUCAAAACUAAAGUGUCCCUUGUUUAGAGCGAAGAAAAUCCGCUGGCGCCAUCCGAAGCGGACAUCGCCAACGACUGUCUGCAGUACAAGCAGCUGGUCAACGGCGAGAAUGGCUCGAAACCCGAGGCGACUGGUCCUUGA